UAUUCGCGGGAUCUCAUGGGCAGCUUGGAGGGCAUGCAGGUGCCGAACACGCAGGAGGCGGCCCAGCUGGCAGCUGCCGACGACGAUAUCAUCGCCGACUGCGGUCGAGAUGAUGUGCGGGCGGCUGUGGAGAAGCGCAAGAGGAUCCACGGCGCCGAGCAGUCGGAUGCCAUCUUCGCAGAUAUAUUCCAGAAGGUCGACGCGAAGAAGGGCCGGCUCCGCCAGGUGCGCGCGGCGCCCGUGGCCACGAACACGGGGCUCGUCGCCGACGCCGAGAAGUACGCGGAGAUCGUGGAGAGAGAGCGCCCCAACUGGAGCUCGGAUCUCAAGCGCAUCGGCCUCGCGGCCCUCUGCGUGUACCGCUCCCGCCCAGUGGACGUGGGGACCGUGCAGCACGUGCAAAUGAUCUGGAUCAUACUUGGUGGCCGCCUUCUCCGCGCCCACAACGGGCGGGCUUACUUCUACGAUCAACGUCUCGGUUACUUCGACGUCUUCGACGGCCUCCUCCCGCCAGAGCUGCUCUUCGCGGCGUCUCGCUUCAUGCUGACUCUGGAAGGAAUAUUCAGGGAUUUCCCGUGCGGCGUGGAGCGAAAGGAUUCCGCCGUGCUCGCGGCCAUCGACAGCGCCGUGGAGAAUGCGGUUGCGAAGAUCAACGGAGACAUAUCUUACGCAGUUAAGGAGGCGGCCGCGCUCGUCUCGUUCCGCGACAACUGCGUCUUCAACAAGGGAAAUGCGAUCCUGCAAAAGGCCAAGGGCAAGGGCAAGGGCGUCGCGGCGCAGGCGCCCGAUGGCGAGGGCGAGGGCGAGGGGCGGGGGCGCGGCGCUGAGGACGCCGAGGGCGACGACCUCACCAGGGCGUCCGACGCGUGGCACAUCGCAGUCGCCCAGACUAUCAGCAAGGUAUCGACCAAAUUACAGACGGAACUUCUCAGCAGCAAAAUCAUGUCGUACUUUAUUGAAUGGUGCUCUCAGGACACCAUGCGAUCUGCUGGCGUCGCCUACGAAGACUGCAUCGUGAAGUACGAUGUGCUGGGUAGUCCUGUGACAUUUUCUUCUGAGCGAUCACCUGAGAAUUCGGUUUACAUUGGCAUCCGCUCGCAGCUCCUGUCCACCGACCCCGUGCUCGACGCGGCGGUGGCCCGCGUGCAGAAGAUAUAUUCACAGACGUUCUGGUCCAUUCCAGAUGCUUUCGUGUUCGGGCAGGCGGCCCAGGCGCUCGCGAAGAGAGGCUACAACGUUGACACCAUCACAGUGUACUGGGGACCUGGCGGCGUCGGCCUGAGUCUCCUUACGAGUCAUUUGGAGGCGAUGUAUGGCCACAAGAAUCACAAAUAUUUCGAUCCCAAUGUAUUUUUCGUCGAUGACGAGUUACGCAAAGUGGUCGAGCUGCUGGUCGACGGCUUUAUCUUCACAGGUCAAGAACGACCCAGCGGACAACGCGGAACCAUGCGGGAGGAUUGCGGCUCUGGCGUCAAACGCACCGCGGCUGGCAUAUUGGUUACUCGCGCCCCGACAGCCGAAGGGCGCGCCGCCCGCGUCGUGCCCUUCAAUGUCGGGGACUUACUCAAGAAAUUUGCCACAGCGGAGGGAGUUUCUGGAAGACUUCCCUAUUCAAUCUUGACCAAGAUGUUUCGCAUUGUGGGUUGGAAGAGACUCGAGGUCAACAAGUUCCUGGUGUUUGACGAGAUCACAGAGCAGAACGUGGAGUCUUUGAUGCGCAGGCUUGCCGUGGUGAAGAUACAGGCGCGGUUUUUCGAUCGCCUGUAUGUUGAGGAGAACUUCGGUGACGCCGCGGCCGCCGGGAUCUUCGCCCGUGACCCAGAUGCGAAGGAGUUUCUCAUGUCCUCCGUCGGCGUCGCCGCUGGGCAUCGAGUGCAGUUCGCCUUCGAGGAUGAUCACGGCGCAGAGGCGUGUCGCGACAUUAUCGUUCGGUAUGCGCGCUGUGGUGGCGAUCGAGGAAUCACGGAGAAGUCGCUGCGGCAGGCUUGUGGCCUCCUCGAGAAGACGUCGAACGUGGCUGGGUCCCUGCAGGCGGAGAUCGACGCGCCCAACUCGCAGGGGCAUGGGUGCACAGCCCCCAAGGAGUGGUUAGAUUUCAGCAUGGCUCUCAUUCAAGAAUGUCAAAAGAAAAACAUGGACUUCCUUACGCUUCCAGCUUUCAAGGCGAUGUCGCUGCCGACCAGUUGCAAGCUUCCUGCCCCUAAGCCGAAGGCCUUUCAGCGCCUGCAGACAGAGGGUCUAUGGGUGGGCAUUGGAACAGUGGGCAAGGCGGCCGAUCGCAUCGCGCCGCGCAUACGCACCAAGAACGGCAUGAGCGCGCUGAUCGACGAGAGCUCGAUGGGCGCGUGCAACUACCCAGAGGUCUACGACAUGAAGUCCUUUCGGUCAGUAUUCUUUGAGCACGGAGCUCGCAAAACUAACGCUGUGGUUCUGGCGGAUGCACUGGGCAAAGGCAUUCGGCGCCCCGGCCGACAGGCUGCCGAGAAGGCUGCGCGCGAGGCGGCGUGGUCGGAGAGGGCUGAAUCAGUUCGACGCAUGGAGUCUUUCAUCGAUACUUUGGCGAGCAGGGACAAGCGCGCCCAGGAAAUCAAGAGGAGGCGCCUCACGGCCAAGGCUAGCGGCCCGAGCUCGCAGGGGGAGUCGGCUCAUUUCGACGACGAGGUUUCGAUUACGGUUUCCACGGGGUACCAUCACAAGGUGGAGUGGUCUCGCCUCUUCGUCGACGACUCUGUGGGCGCGCAGUCCAUGGACCAGCGCUUGCAGAAGGUUUUGCUCACCAACACGUUCGAUUUGGACAUGGAGAACUUCUUGUUUUGCAUCCUUCCGCAGAUGUUGAAGCGGCUGAGCCUCCUGGACGAGAAGGUUUUCGCAGAAGAAUUUGAAGUCCUUAAUCGUCUGCAAAAGAAUCGGCGCGAAGUUUGCGAGCAGGAACUCGGCGUGGGAUUGUCUGUCGGCAAAGGGAUUCUCUUGGAGGUCGCGUGCGGGGCAUCCGUGCCCGCUGCUUUCAGAGGGAAUGAGUUCCUUGCUGCCCUGUCCAGGGCGUCCAGGAUGCUGAGGUGGCUCGCGGUUUCGCUGCUGCCUAAGGUGCACCUCGCGAUGCAACAGCACGAGGGGAAAUGGGCGGAGUCUUCUACAUUUAGUUAUCUAUGGCAAGGCGUAGAGAACUACAUACUGCAGCACGUGCUCAAUUUCAUUUGCGAGGAGCGCGUGAAGCACCUGUCCUUGCAUUUCGACGGCGUGCGCGUGGACGUGGACCGCGUCGCCGUGACGGGGAGCUUGGGCGAUUUCUGCUCGGGUUGCUCUGCGCGAGUUCACGCUGCCACCGGAUACACCGUCACGCUGCGCAACAAGGAGCAUUCCUAUUUCUUCGACCUCCUGCGCGCGAAGAGCGCGGCAGUCGUUGAUGAGGGCGGCCCACGCAGCAACGAAGACAACAAGCAUCUGUUUCUACGGGGCAACUGCAUACCCAGUGCGAUCGCCGCACUGACUUCUCAGUGGGCGAAAGCGCGAGAGAAUAUUUCGGAGCCGCAGGACGAGGUUUUCAGGAAGUACCGCGACGUGGCAGAGCUGCUGGAGACGCCGCUCUUUCCGCGGGCGAGCCUCCUGGACUGCAAGGAAGGGCGCUACCUUCUUCACGCGGAGAACGGCGGGCUUCCGCAUUGCAUCGGCGCGGUGAUCCAGAAUGGGAGCGUCGUGAUUUGCGAGGAGGGCGCUGCUCGUAAGAUGAGUGUUUUUGAUUUCGAGGAAUGCUACGCCAGCGCGCUCGACAUGAAGAUGGUAGUGGCUUUCCGUCUGGGCGAUAGCAUUGAUCCUGAGGAGAGCGCGCGGCUGGACGGGCUGCUGGAUCUCCUGGCUGCUGGCCGAUGGGACGAUGACGGGCCGACUCCGCCGUCGAGGAAGCGACGUCGCCUCGCCUCCAGGGCGGCAAGAGCAGCGCGCGGCAGCCCUGUGUCAUCGUCUUCGCCGUCCCCGACACCUUCAGCGCGCUCCGCGGCCCCCUCGAACAUCAACUCCAGGCGCCACAAUGAGAACCUCAAUUUCAUCGAGCUGCUGCGUGCGAAGGGUCUGGCAGUAGACGAUUACGACAGCGGCGCGCCGAGCAGUGCGGGCGACCAGCUGCUUCGGCGCGGCAACUGCAUACCCUGCGCGUUCGCAGCAGUGACUGGACAGUGGCAGAGCGUGCGAGAGAAGAUUUCGGGGCAGCAGGUUGCAGAUUUCAGGAAGUACCGCGACGUGGCAGAGCUGCUGGGCACGAUAUUCUUCCCGCGGGCGAGUCUCCAGGAUUGCAAGGAGGGGCGCUACCUUCUUCACGCGGAACACGACGGGCUUCCGCACUGCGUUGGCGCGGUGUUCCAGCACGGGGAGGUCGUCAUCUUCGAGAAAGGCAAGGCGCAGAAGAUGAGCGUGUCCGCUUUCGAGGAGUGCUACGCCAGCGCGCUCGAUAUCAAGACGGUUGUGGCUUUCUGCCUGGAUGAGGAUGGCAUCGACGAUGGCGAGAGUUCGCGGCUGGACGGGCUGCUAGAUCUACUGGCCGCUGGAGACGACGAGGGCAGCGAGGCCAGUUGCGACGGGGAGAGCUUCGACGGAGGCACUGUAGACGUACACUCUGAGCUACUGCGAGCGCUGAAGGCGGAGGUGGACGCCGCGAAAGCGGCCGUUCGUGGAGGCAGUCAGUCGCGUUGCAUUCUCUGCCCCUUCAAAGAGUUUGACGAGAGCAGCCCCAAGGUGAAGCGGAACCUGCUGACGCACCUGUGUAAUUACCAUAACCCAGAGAGGAAGAGUCAACGAACUGGCGAUCGGCAGAUGGGCUUCGGUAACUACGUGGCGUCCGGCACGAAGCAGAUGAAGAUGGUCUUCGCGAUGUUCGACUCCGAUCGAUGCCAGGGGAAAAGCCAAGGGCGGUAUCUCGAACGCACUGCUCAGAUGUUGCGAGAGAGCGUGAAGCCUGCGCUGGCCUGCCUCAGGAUUGAUCGCGACAUCCGUCUCCUGUUGGACGGCGCUGGCCCGAUAUUCAUCAACGCAGCCGCCAUCAUGUCCGAGCCGCCCGAGGGCCCGACGACGCUGGCGAGGCGCGUCGGAGAUACGUACUACAGCCACGCGUUCGCAGAGAUUAUCUUCAAGGAGUUCAUGCUGAACCACGGGCGCGCUCGGCCCACUCGCGCGCGCAUCGUGGCGAGAUGCGCGGAGGCGGGGUCGCAGCUGACGCACUUGCUCCCGCAGGAGGUCACCAAAUGGUUGGAGCUGCUGGAAGAUCUCCUCAGCGCGCCAUUUGUUCGCGCUGCGCGCGAUCAGCUCAUGCAGCAGUUGCUCGAUCACGACGAGUUCGUGCACGUGUCGAUCGACGCCACCAUCAGGGCGGCCAUGCGCAUCAAAGGGCAGGCGAAUUACCGGGACUCUGCGGAGAAGAGAGCCGCCGCGCCUUUUGACGACACGGUUGCCAAGAGGCGCAUCCUCACGGUGCGCGGCCGCACGGCGGCCGUCGCAGGCAUGUGGCCGAUCGCGUCUGAGGCCGCGCGGAACAUCAAGGAUAUGCUUCAGAUGCGUCUCCCACAAGCAGCUCUCGAUCAGUGCCGCUCGAUCGCGACUGACGACCCCUCUGGUGAGUUGUACGGCCAGUUGCUAGAGAUCUGCAAGAAUCUGACGUGGCUCAGCUUGGACCCAGUGCACCUAGCUAUCGUUUACAACUCGGCUCACUGGCCAGGGCAGACAGCGCUGCGCACGGUUCUGAACAAAUUCAACAAGAUUGAUUAUCAGGCUACCUCGGACGCGUGGGGCCCAGCUUAUACAGGCGGACAAUUGCAACCUCUGACCCCAGACCAGAACAGAAGUCGGGGCGCAGUGAAGAACGGCAGCAUGCCCAGACGAGAGGCGCAGCGCCUCCUGGAUAACCUGAAUGGGGAAGAGCCUUUCAAGAACACCGAUGAUUUCGUCAGAGCCAUGGCUGCUAUUACAUCAGUAUAUUGGGAUGAGGUGAACCGGGGCACGGCGAGCGGGCGGCUCUUGGUAGAUGUGCUCUGGUCGGCUACGUCGGUGGAGCGGGUGCAGUUCUUGUUCAACAACACGCGGAUGCGCCACUCCCUACCCAAGAAGUACCAAUCGCUGAUUGGUUCUGGCACGUCGCCGAACGAGGCGUUGCACGCCGAGGUCAACAGGUGGUUCCGCAACCAGCCCGAGCUCUACCUUGAGACGCUGGAACUGCAGCUGGCGGCGGCCACCCACGCCAAGCUGAUCGCGCACAACGCCGCCAUGUACGCGCCAGCUCUGAGAGCGCUCACCUCGCAGACAGUGCUCGCGACUGCGAUUGGCCGCCAGCUCGCAUCCCCUGACGAAUGGCAGCGCUUCUGCGCGGCGCAGGCAUCGGGUGUUGGCGCGCCUGCGAAGGCGUGCCUGCCCAAGAGCGCCCAGCGGAAGGCUUCUCAGCCCUUGGCCAAGCAGUGGGCAAAGGAUCGUAAGAACUUUAAGUCUAUCGUUCGGAAGAGGCCCGCGGCAAUGAAGGCUGCGCAGAAGAGGCCGGCGGCAAUGAAGGGGGUCAAGCGCACUCCCUUCAAUAGGAAGCGGGUCAUCCGUUAG